AUGUCCUCGACUAUCCCCAUUUUAUCCACUUUCAUAUUGAUCACUCUAAAUAUGUCUUCAUCGUCAUGGACCUCUGUUGUCAAUGUCCUUGGUGAUGUGAUAUUCCUAGACAUUCAAAAUGCGGUUACUUUGGAUGGUACCUACUGCUUCAACUUGCACAUUGACACUUUUGGCACUAAGAAAAUCGUUUUUUGCAUUCGAGAACAGAUCGAGGAAGCUGUGCAGUCCGAUGAGUCUGUGAAUGAUCUGAAUCUGCCUCAGUCUGUCAUUGCUUCCCCAUGCAACCUUCUCACCAGGCACAUGAGUAACUCUGAUCCAGACCUGGCAAACCCGACUGCACCUUGGAGUUACUAUGUAACUAGAACAGCCACUGAAGUGCCGGAAGCUUGA